UGUUUAUCAAUGUUUCUAGAUAGAUUGUUUCUGUCAUAUUAAAACUAUUGUUCGAAAGCAGAAAUGCGUCAUUCAUAUUGUCCGUAUAAGCGCAACAACUUACACUUGCAACUGAUAGGAGAUCAAAUACCUUUUGUCUUUAACAAAUAAUGAAACUUGAUUGUGUACGAAAAACAAUAUCGGCCAUUUUCCGAAAAUUUGGAAGAUUCGUCGGUCUUCAUCCGUACUACUUUAUCCUCUUUCCUGUUUUAAUAACAGCAAUAUUCUCAGUUUUCACCUUUAACAUAAACUCUAUCAAAAACUUAACUAAAUUGGCGUUUGCAGAUUCCGGAAGAGUCUUUAAUACUAAGAAGUUUAUUGACAAAACAUUUCCUUUUAAUACGUCCAAAUUUUUCGAUCCGACAAGCUUUACAAGCAUUCCAAAAUGCGUGUUUGUGAUGUAUACAAAGACAAAUGGCGGAAACAUGCUAGAAAAGGAUGUGCUGCUAGAAAUUAGUCGGGCGGAUGAACUAAUUAAGAAUAUAACAAUCAAUGAGGCAGGAAGAGAAAUUGGAUAUUCGGAUCUCUGUGGACGUGUGGGUGAAAAAUGCUUUGAAAAUCCCAUAAUCGAUAUCUUAUUGGAAAUUGAUAAUAUAGUACAGAAGAAGAAGAGAUUGAAAUAUCCGUUCGAUAUAGAUCCGUUGACUUACUCUUAUAAAAUUUAUUCUCUAAACUUCGGGGGUGUCAUCGAAGAUGAGAACGAUUUGGUUCAAACAGUAAAUGCUAUCAGAUUACUGUAUUUUACAGACGAAAGCGACGAGAAUAAGCUCGAACUUAUAGAAAAAUGGCGCGCGGCAGUUUACAAUCGUAUAAGAAAUCAUCGUUUCGAACACCUUUUGUGUUUCGUCGAUUAUAACUGGUUGUUUGAAGAGCGAACUUCGCAAUUACUUCAAAAUUUAACACCCAUGAUCGCUGCACUGGUUGGAUUUAUUUCUGUGUUUACUAUUUUAACGUAUAUGAGCAAUAAUUGGGCCAAAAGCAAGCCAGUUCUUGGUGUGGCAAGUGUGGUAUCUGCUGGACUGGCCGUGGUCACUUCUUUCGGUUUCAUGUCUGUUCUAGGUACAGAAAAUAGUAAAUGGAACAUCACCAUUCCUUUCUUAGUUCUCGUGACCGAAAUAGACGAUGCUUUCGUGUUGUUGGCGUGUUGGAGAACAUCGAACCCCAAGCAGAAAGUAGCGAAACGCAUGGAAGAAACGUUCGCCGAAGCCGGAGUUUCUAUAACUUUAACGUCGUUGACCAAUCUGUUUUCCUACUGUAUAGGAAUGAUGGCAUCUAUUCCUGUUGUGAGAAUGUUUUGUUAUUAUUCCGCAACGUGCGUAGUGUUUACCUUUUUGUAUCAGGUGACAUUCUUCGGUGGAUGCAUGGCUUUAUCCGGAUACAAAGAAGAGAAACAAAGACAAUCACUUCGACUUAAUUCCGAAAAUAUCGAAGAAGCUUCCGAAGAUGAUAAUCCUUCUGAUGAGCCGACAAUGACAUAUUUCAGAGAUAACCUAGGCAAAAUUCUAUCUUUAAAUGUUGUCAAGAUAAUAGUUAUUAUAAUUUACUUUUUGAAUUUAUCAUUCGGAAUAUGGGGAGCGUUAACAAUAAAUCAUGGUAUAGACGUCACAACCUUAUAUCCUGAAGAAUCGCCGAUAACCAAGUCUAUCAAAAUAUAUUAUAACAGUUUUAGCCGUUAUUCCUUUCCUUACCAAGUAGUUAUUAAUACUACAUUAGAUUAUUCAGAUGUAAAUGUGCAACAAUCCCUAGACAAACUGAUGAACAAAUUUGAACGUCUUCCAUAUAUUGCAGAUUCUCGAUUUACUUUAUCGUGGUUAAAAUAUUACAAAGAAUUCCAGAAUUAUCCCGUUGCAAAAUAUUCAUUACGUGGUUACAACAUGUCCGUAAAAGAAGAUUUUUUGGAUGGUCUUCGCAAUGUUUUCCUUAAAUUUAAAGCAGCGUAGCAAUUCUAUAAUCAUAUUGCCUUCAAUGAAAAUGGAACCGAUAUUUUGAGUAGCAGAUUCUUUAUUUUUGUCAACGAUACGCUAAGUCCAGCAGCCGAACUAAAAAUUUUAAGUAAUUUGUGGAAAAUUGUUGACGAAUUAGACUUUCCUGUUCUGAUUCACGAAGCAUUCGCUCCUGUAUACGAACAAGGAAUCAUCAUUAAACAUACAAUUAGAGAUUUAUUUUGGAUCACGUCUAUAUUAAUAAUGUUACUGUUCUUGCUGUUUAUACCGAACAUUGUCGUUGCUGUUCUGGUAGCAAUAUCGGUAGCAUCAACCAUUAUAGAAACUCUAGGAUAUAUGUCCCUGUGGGGUGUCAACGUGGACAUUUUAUCUAUGAUGAGUCUGAUAUUGUGUGUGGGUUUCUGCGUGAAUUAUCCGGCCCAUAUAUCUUAUGCUUAUGUUUGUUCUGUGUUCGAAACUCCGAGUGAAAAAAUGAAGGACAGUCUCUAUCGUAUUGGUUAUCCAAUAUGUCAAGGAUCUUUUUCUACGAUUUUAGGGAUUUUGUUUUUAUAUAGAAAUGUUUACGCUUUCAUUACAUUUGUGAAAAUUGUAUUCCUUAUCGCUUUAGAAACUGCAUUUCAUGCGCUGAUUUUCAUCCCGGUUGUUCUUUCACUCGUGUUUUCUAUUUUGUCUAAAUUUAAUGUUAAACUAC